GCAGCGAGUGCCCGCUCCCAGCUCUGCUCUCCUGACACUCGCGCCCACACUCCGUCUGCUCAGCAUCAUGAAGGUCCCUGGGGCUGCCCUGGCUGCUCUCCUCUGCACCCUGGCCCUCUGCAGCCAGGUCUUCUCUGCACCGUUUGGCGCAGACACCCCGACCGCCUGCUGCUUCUCCUACAUCUCCCGACAGAUUCCCCGUAAAUUCAUAGCGGACUAUUAUGAGACCAGCAGCCAGUGCUCCAAGCCCGGUAUCAUCUUCCAGACCAAAAGAGGCCGGCAGGCCUGUGCGGACCCCAGUGAGGCCUGGGUCCAGGAGUACGUCACCGACCUGGAGCUGAACGCCUGAGUGGCCGGAGGCUUUGCGGAACCCAGGGAAUCCGGUGGACCAACUGGAAGCAGGGGCCUGAGGCUUGAAAACACCCCUACCUCUCCUGUGGGCUGGUGGUUGCCAACACCCACACUCUGGGACUCCUCCUAACUUAAACCUCAACUUAUUUAUACUAUUUAAUUUUUGUAAUUUAUUUUCAGUGUCACACUGUGUUUGGGACUAUGUGCUCCCAGAGAUCUCAGGACACCUUCUUCACCACCCUCCCCUCCCCCUUCACUUGCACUGUGAUUGGUGACAGUUGAGGGACUGUCAUCAGUUUGUUCUGGGCAAAGGUGGGGCCAAAGCCACCAGACUGACAUAUGUGUAUUAAAUGUUUCUGUUCAAUGCUAUGUU